UGUUCUAGUACAGCUAAUCAAUGAGUCACAAACGUCACAGUUAUCUCUUGCCCCCUGACCACGUCACUCGAUAAGCCGCGGUAGUAAUUCAAAGAUCACAAUUUCUAAACAGAUAGUUUGCAACCUCUGAAUGUUUAUUUCCAAAGUUAUUGGCUCCCCCAGUCGGCCACAUAGUACCCCUGUAAUAGAAACAAUAUUGCUAUCUUGAUUGAAUUGUGACCAGUAAUAGCCGGACCAUUUGUCUUCAUUUUUGACCUUUACCGAAUCGAAUCGGAGUUUACCCGAGAUAGUAAAUGUUUUGUGGUAGUUUCUAUCUGUGUGUUGUUUACGUUUAUAUCGUGUAUUUGGAACACAGUGAUGGAGAUUGCGCGUAUGUACAACUGUUUGAGUGUCGAUAUCAAGGCCCUUAGGUGACGGGUGUCCGGAAUCUUCAGCGUAGUGCAAAUAAAAUGUGCCACAAGUGCAAAAGGGAAAAGACCUCUGUGCAUAUAUCUAGUGUGUCGCGACCGCGAGUGACGUGUGAGGGUAACAGCUAAGAGAAUGUGCGCGUGAGUGAGACACGACGUCGGACUACUCGGAGUGGGGGGCGCUGGCGACCGCGGCCAGCGAUGGUAUGGACGUUGUAUUGGGGAAUGAGAGCGACUGGGGGUGGAACGCGACCGAGGAGGGGGAGAGUGCGAACCUCUACAACUACUGGGCAUGGAGCAUCGUGGACGGCUCGCUGAUGCUGCUCAUAGUGAGCGGCAACACGCUCACCAUCCUGGCGGUGACGCUGAGCCGCCGGCUGUCGUCGCUCGUGUCCAACCAGUUCGUGCUCAACCUGGCCAUAUCCGACCUCAUGGUGGGCUUGACGCUACCCUACCACCUGGUCUUCUACCUGAACGAUGACUUCGGCACGAUCAAAUGGUCGUGCCUGAUGCGGUUCAUUCUAAUAAUCCUAGCGUGUCUCGCGUCCAUUUACAACAUCAUAGCGAUAGCUGUAGACAGGUACAUAGCAAUAGUGCACCCGCUGCACUACAGCCGGUACAUGACGAAGCUGGUGACGCGGCUGCUGAUGAGCGCCACGUGGUCGGUCGCCGUCUGCAUCAGCUGCAUACCCAUGUUCUGGAACGACUGGCACGAGGGUGUCGCUUGCGAAAUGAACAUGGUGGUGCCCAAGAACUACACGACGAGCAUCCUGGCGCCGAUGUUCUCUCUCAUCUGGAUGGUGAUGUUCAUCCUGUAUUGGCGGAUAUGGCGCGAGGCCACCUGCCACGCGCGCCGCAUGCGGGCCAACACCUGCUGCCCCACCGGAGCCAACGAUUGGAAGAGCAUACAGGUGGUGCUCCUAGUACUAGGAUCAUUCUCAAUAUGCUGGAUGCCGUUCGUGGUGGUGGCGUGUGCCCAGACGCUGCCGAUUAUGCCGCUGCACAACCACAUCGCGUACCGGCUCACCUCCUCCCUGGCCAUGUCCAACUCGGGCAUCAACCCCCUCAUCUACGCGUGGAAGAACGCCGGCUUCCGUGCCGCAUUCGCUAAGCUACUGCGGUGCAAGAGACCAGACACCUCGGAGUACCGAGGCUCCCCGGCUCCGGAAAGAAAACGCGGUUCGGUGGCCCUUCGAGAGGGUUCCAUAACGCGGUCGAGUGCGCCCAGCGGGCUGUCAAGCCUGGGCGGGCGGCCGGCGCGGUUGCUGUAUAUCGAGCACGAGUCGGACACGUCGCGCUGCCGCAUCAUCGAGAACGCGGGCUACGUGGAGGCAGAGCGCGGGGACGCCAACCCCUCGUACGCGCCCGACGCGCCCACGCCCGUGCAUCGGCCCGCGGCGCCCGCGCGCGCAGACAUAGUGUAGUGUACAAACGAUCAUUAGACGUUUUGUGGGAAACGUGAAACGCUUCUAGUAUUUAAAGUUGUUAGUGACUGUAGGUACCCCUUUCGCAUUUAGGUACCUGUUCGAAUCUACGCUCAAGUUUUUAAAAGCUUUAUUGUUGAAUUUUUAUUGAGAGAUUAUAAUGAGUUCCCUGCCAUAAUGAUGUUUUAAUAUGAGGUUCUCUGUCAAAUAAAGAUGUUUAAAUGAUAUAAAUAAUAAUUAAAAGAUGUUCUAUGUAAUAUUAAACUGUCAAUAACGUGUAUUAUUUAUUUCAUCCU